CCCAACAGAUGUAGAAAAAUGAAUUUCGCGAAUGUUUAUUUCAUGGAUUUCAUGCGCAAAGACUAGUGAUUUGUUAUGCAAGUGUAAAGUCAAUAUUUAGAUAUCAACUUGCCGGUAAUCAAUGCGAGAGAAAGCGUUUCAAAUGCUGGUUCUCCGAUCUAUUAGAAAUUUCCUGGUUUAGUGAUCGUAUCGUGAUAUCAAGAUUGCGUGAUGGCGAUUGAAAAAAAAUCACAUUCGGCAUUUGUGAAAUCUUAUUUAAUAAUCUACAAUGCCGUGCAAUUUAUUGGAUGGUUCUAUAUAUACAUACAAUUCGUCGGUCACUUCUUAGCCGGCCAACCAUCGAAUAGCCUGUGGGACAAAGUUGGUUCAGUUACGUACUUUUUUCAACUGCUUACAAUUCUUGAGUUUUUCCACGCCGUGCUUCGCAUCGUUCCAAGCAAUCCGCUAAUAACUCUACUGCAAGUUUUUGGUCGCUGUCUGGUCGUAGUUGGAGCAAUCGAUGCAACUCCGACCGGCAAAAUCUCCCCCGGCCUCCCGAUAGCUCUGUUUUGCUGGAGUCUAGCCGAAACUGUUCGCUACAGCUACUACGUGAUGCAUUUGGUAUUGCCCAAAGUCCCCCACUUCGCGACAUGGCUCCGCUAUACCAUCUUCAUUCCGCUCUAUCCGGCUGGGUUUUUUGGCGAGUUGUUGUGCUUUUACUGGGCCCAGAGCUACAUUCUAGAGACGGACAUGUGGAGCAUUUCGAUGCCGAACCGAGCCAACUUUAGCUUUUCUUUCUACUACUUCGUGUGGAUGAUGGCCAUCGGAUAUCUACCAGUGUUUCCCCAGAUGUAUCUGCAUAUGUUGGCUCAACGCAAGAAAACGUUGGCUGGAGCCGAAAAACAGAAAACUAAAUGACUGUCAUUUACCACGAAUCAUUUGGUUUGAAUUCACGGUACGGACGGUUAGUCCAAUGAACCAACCGAUAAGAAAAAUGGCACGAUGCAUCUAAGUUGCGUCAAAAAUUAUUUUUGAUACAUAAAUUAAUCCUGUUAUGAUA